GUUUCGCAUAGCGUUGCGACCGCUGCGACUCGUGAUGAGGACAAUCGGAACUGGUCGUCAUCGUCAUUCGUCCCGUCCCGUCCGAUUUAGUUUGGUUUUGAUAAGUAGAGGAGUUGCUGUGUUUUUGUUCGAGUGAUGUGGACUCGCACAUGUGAUGAAUUUAAAGUUCAGUGAUUUCAGUUAUCUCCAAAUUUUGCAUCAGUACUGCUUACCAUGAUUUUUGUAAUAUACCGUCGAUAGCUUCUUUCCCAACCCCUUUGCACAUCCACAUCGUCCUAGUUAAUUUGGAUUCUGCAUGAACCCCGAAAGUGCAGGAGAGCUCGGUAACGUCUUGUUGGCGUUGGAGGAUGAAGAAUUUUCUUAUUUUCUGCCUGGUGGUUAUUUCGUGCAUACUCGAAUCGUCAGCGCAUUACACUCAACAAUGGGCAGUGGAGAUAGAGGGAGGACAACAAGUAGCCGAUGACGUAGCAAGAGAUCAUGGAUUCAUCAACCACGGACUGAUAUUUUCUGACCAUUACCAUUUUUCACACAGCGGCGUAGCCAAACGGUCUUUGACGCCAAAUGCAGAGAAAGUAACUAGGCUUGCAGUAGACACGCGCGUAAAAUCAGCAAAGCAGCAAGUAGCAAAAAGGAGAGUUAAGCGAGACUUGAAAGUACAAGAUAGUGAUCCGAAAUGGCAAUUUAUGUGGUAUUUGAAUCGUGGAGGGGGUCUAGAUUUGAAUGUUAUACCAGCUUGGAUGGAGGGAAUAACUGGGAAGGGAGCUGUAGUGACAAUAUUAGAUGACGGCCUAGAAAAAGACCAUCCAGAUCUACUCCAAAAUUAUGACCCCAUGGCCUCCUAUGACGUGAACGGGCAGGACUCCGACCCGAGCCCGCGCUACGACAUGAUCGACUCAAACCGGCACGGCACGAGGUGCGCCGGCGAGGUCGCUGCCACCAGCAACAACUCCGUGUGCGCACUCGGCGUGGCGUACGGCGCGCAGGUGGGCGGUGUGCGCAUGCUCGACGGGGACGUGACGGACGCGGUGGAGGCGCGCUCUCUCAGCCUGAACCCGCACCACGUGGACGUUUACAGCGCCUCGUGGGGCCCAGACGACGACGGGAAGACGGUGGACGGGCCUGGGGAGCUGGCGGUCCGCGCGUUCAUCGAGGGGGUCACCAAGGGACGUAAUGGUAAAGGUUCGAUCUUUGUGUGGGCUUCAGGGAACGGUGGAAGAGAUCACGACAACUGCAACUGCGACGGCUAUACCAACUCUAUCUACAGUCUCUCUAUAUCGAGUGCGACAGAACACGGACACGUUCCUUGGUACAGCGAAGCGUGCAGUUCCACGUUGGCAUCCACUUACAGCAGCGGCGCUGUAGGCGAACGCCAAAUAGUGACCACCGACCUGAGGCAUUCGUGCACCAGCAGCCACACGGGCACCAGCGCCUCAGCCCCCCUGGCAGCAGGCAUCUGCGCACUUGCUCUCGAGGCCAACCCGAAUUUGACGUGGCGCGACAUGCAACACAUCGUCGUUCGCACAGCCAGGCCGCAGAACCUCAUCGCUUUAGACUGGCAGACGAACGGGGUGGGUAGAAACGUGUCCCACAGCUUCGGGUACGGGCUCAUGGACGCCCAUGCGAUGGUGCAGCUCGCCAGGAAUUGGGUGACUGUGCCUCCGCAGCACAAGUGCGAAAUUACUGCGCCGAAUGCGAUAAGGCCCAUCCCGGCCAAGAGCGUGGUGGUGCUGCAGCUGCAGGUGAAAGAGUGUCCGGGCGUGAACGUGCUCGAGCACGUGCAGGCGAAGCUGACGAUCUUCUCGCAGCGGCGCGGCGACCUCAGCAUCCAGCUGACGUCGCCGAUGGGCACGAGGGUGACGUUGCUGGCGCACAGGGCGCUGGACAACUCGCGGCAGGGCUUCAACGUGUGGCCCUUCAUGUCGGUGCACUCGUGGGGCGAGUCGCCGUUCGGCACGUGGCAGCUCGAGAUCCACAACGACGGGAGGCUGUUGGAUGAAGUGAAAUUCUGGCAGUUAACUUUGCAUGGUACUUCAACACCUCCAGCUCAUGAUACACAAAAUGGCAACGGUGAAAAUCCUUUGUCCGAAGUUUCCAGUGAUGACAUCUCGCACAAUUCUAUUUACGACUAUUCAUCAAAUUGGGAUAGUGGCGCAGAGAAUCGUAAGGAAACCUUGGAAGUAGAAGAAACUGAAAAAAGUACGUCUGGGUGUGCAAAACCUGAUGGGAAUUUGUGUAUAGAAUGUCUACAAAAUCACUAUCUAUACCAAAGAAUAUGCAUACAGAUGUGUCCAGAGAAAUAUUUCAACAGCAUACUCGAAUAUGACGAGAGUAGAAAAAUUCAGAACCUGUCGAAAGACGAAACUUGUCUACCCUGUCACUAUUCUUGUAAAAACUGCAUUGGUUCUCUAGAUUCGAAUUGUGUCGAGUGUUAUGGUGAUGCCAAAAUCGUGCGGACAUCCAGUACAGAUUCCUACUGUUAUCCAGUGCAUAUUUUAUCAGAAGUUUUGUCAGAAAAGUGGUAUUAUAGGAUGUUCACUUUGACAUACAUUAUUGUUAUAUCAAUGACUAUUUUAACUGUGAUCUAUCUUUGUUGCAAACGAAGGCAAAUUUUGCAAAAUGAUGACAUGAGCUACAUUACUUUAGGUGUUGAAGAUGAUUUGAAGAGUUCACAGAAAGAUAUCAAGUCAAUUUAUACAGAUAAUGAAUAAAGGUAUAUAUGUACAGCUAGUGAAAUUAUUUGAAUUGCUUCUUCAAAUAUUGAACUCAAGAGCGAUCUGAAUUAGAAUACUUCGUUCUUAUAUUUUUUUACGAAGAUCUUGAUUUGGAGUAUUAUAUGUAGGUACAAGUGUAUAUAUUGAAGUUUCAAACGUAUGUACCUAAAUCAGAUUAUAUACCUACAUACUUUUGACAAGGCCAUUCCAUGAUAUUUUAUUCGUUAUCUGUGAAAUAAUUUUGUGUGAUUUUAUGAUUAUUGACUGAUCAACUGAUAUUAUGAUUAUAGUAAGUAAACUCCUUAAUUACUUUCUGGUACUUGAAGCAUCUUUUUUAUUAUUUUUUUGAUGAUAUUGUGUGGAAUCAAUUUAGUUCCAUUUAUGAAAUGUAAUAAUUAAUUUCUUCUAGUCAUCCACUAAUUCCUUGAAAUUGUUGAUGGCUUCAUGAAACACCUUGUUUGUUUGUGAAAGUGAGUUGAGAACUCAUAUUAAAAAGGAUAUAGAUACCCAUUGUUGUUGAAAAAUAUAUAUUUAUAUUUACACUUCUAUAUAAUUUUUAUUCAUUUUUUAAACGUCUAUCAUAAAUAAAUAUACUUACUCUGCUCCACUUCAGUUAGGAUUUCGUCAUUCUGAUAUCACAUUCUGACUAGUAAUCAAAGCUGAAAAAUAAAAAAUUAAUGUUUUAUUCCAUUGUGAUAAUAAUCGACAUUGAUUGAAAAAUAAUAGAUAUCCUAAGACCAUAUAUAGUUGAGAAGAGAUUAAAUGACCUGUACUGUUUAUAAUUCGAGUGGUCUUUUUUAUUAUUAUUUCUCGAAAAUCAAAUUAUGAAGGGUUUUCUAUCUUAUAGUCCAGUGAAUGAAUGUGAACUGAAAUUGAUUUCAUGAACUAUAUUUGUCCCAUAUAUAUAUUUAGCGAUCUGCAUACAAAAAUGCGAUAGAAAAUAUUCUUGUUAUUGCCAAGUGCUCAUUUAUUAUUAAUUCAUGUUUUCAACAAUAAAUAAAAUUUGAAUUGG